AUGGAAGAAUAUAUGGACCUGAAUCAUGCUGAAAUUGUUCCAGUUGCUGAUUUACAGAAACAAAAUGAAGAUGUGUUUUAUUUGCCAAUGCAUGCUGUUCACAAGGAGCACAGUACGACUACGAAGAUCAGGGCUGUAUUUGACACGUCAGCCAAGUCUACCACCGGCGUCUCACUGAACGACACACUGUUGGUCGGACCCACCGUACACCCUCCACUGAUAGAUGUUCUAUUACAAUUUCGACUACACAAGAUUGCGAUCACAGCUGACGUGAGCAAGAUGUACAGGGCUGUUGAACUGACUCAACCCGAUCGGGAUCUCCACAGAUUUGUGUGGCGCAGCAAGCCCGACAACACUCUAGUCGAUUACAGAAUGACGAGAAUUACAUUUGGUGUCUCUGCUUCUGCUUUUGCAGCUAACAUGUCAGUCAAACAAAAUGCUAUUGAUCAUGCUACUGAGUUUCCACAAGCUGCAAACGUAGUGAACACUUCAUUCUACGUCGAUGACUGUCUAACAGGUGCUAACUCGAUUGAAGAAGCAGUUGAGCUCCAACAACAACUACAUGGUCUUUUUGCAAAGGGAGAAUUCUUACUCAGGAAAUGGAAUUCUAACAACACCACUGUGUUACAAAACAUAUCUCCCGAGCUCAGAGACAGUCAACCACUACAACUGCUACCCACCAAUGAUGAAUACACCAAGACUCUAGGGAUUGAGUGGAGCGCAAAGAAGGAUCAUUUUCGACUCACUGUUGCCAAACCACCUCCACUUGAAACACUGACCAAACGAACCCUAGUAUCAGACAUCGCCAAGACAUUUGAUGUGCUUGGGUGGUUCUCACCUGCCACCAUCAAGGUGAAGAUUCUGCUGCAGAAGGUAUGGGAGGAGAGAAUAGAUUGGGACGAUCCAGUUCCAAUGCAUAUCAAAGACAUCUGGUCGAAAUGGCGGACCGAAUUGCCCAAACUAUCUCACAAGCUCAUUUCCCGUUGCCACUUCGACACAGACACAGAAAUUGUAUCCACCCAGCUCCAUGGUUUUUCAGAUGCCUCAGAGUCAGCCUAUUCUGCUGUUGUAUAUCUUCGUCUCACAGAUACUUCUGGUCUCCAUCAAAUCUCUCUGGUAAUAUCCAAGACAAAGGUAGCGCCGAUCAAGCGUCUCUCAAUUCCAAGGCUCGAACUUUGUGGUGCACAUCUACUUUCUCAAUUGCUACACCACGUCAAACGAGUACUCUGCAUACCAUUGUCUAACAUACAUGCCUGGACAGACAGCACAGUAGUGCUGAAUUGGCUGGACGGCAGUCCUAAGCGUUUUAAGAAUUAUGUGGGCAACAGGAUCUCAGCCAUCCUUGACUUGAUGCCACCAGACAAAUGGAAACACGUUAAUGGACUCCAGAAUCCUGCUGACUGUGCAUCCAGGGGCCUCUACCCCUCUGAAUUGCUAGAUCACCCUCUCUGGUGGAGCGGUCCUGACUGGCUCAAGCAAGACCAAACCAAUUGGCCAACACUUACUCCCAACAACCAUGAUGAUGAAGGAACAGAGAUUUCAUUAGUGGUCAUACAAACAUUCCCCCAACCUGUGAUUCCAGUCGAUCGGUUUUCAAAACUCAACCAACUCAAGCGUGUCACCUGUUGGAUCAUUCGCUUUAUCAAAAAUAGCAGAUUCAAGGAUCAUUCCAAGAGAAUUCUUACACCUCUGACCAUGUCAGAGCUCCAAGAAGCAGAAAACUAUUGGAUUAAGAUUAUCCAAGCGGCUCAUUUCAAGACGGAAAUUGAGCACAUACUCAGCAAGCAACCACUAUCUAAGUCUAAUUCACUCCUCACACUGAACCCAAUUGUUGAUAAUUACAAUCUGCUACGUGUUGGUGGGCGAAGGCAAUUAUCUGCAACCCCAUACCACUCGAAACACUCCACCAGAAAUCGCGAUAUGGUCGUUAUCAAAGAAGAUUCCCCUCUACUCAACGAAUGGCCACUGGCUAGAGUGAUUGGGGUGAACCGGACACGAUGGUUUAGUUCGUGUGGCAACCAUCAAGACUUCAAAUGGUGUAUACAAACGCCCGAUUAACAAGCUCGCACUCCUACUACCAAGUGAAGAACAACAACAUUGAAGAUGAACUUAUAUGCAAGGAAAUGUUUUGAAACUAUAUUUAAGACUAUUCGGUCUUGGCCGGCGGUAUGUUGGCAUGUGUACUGGCGUGAUUGUUCAUGAUUUAUCCUGUUCUAUCCUGUUUUAUCCUGAUGUACUAUUUAUCAUGUGUCAUACCAUACAUUUACGCUGUUGUGUAAUUCACAGUUUUUCUUUUGGUUGUUUAUUCACACUUGUUUCUGGAUCAUUCUAGAAUUAUUCUCGAUCACCCCCCUGGGACCUGACUCUUAUAAAUAGUUGUCCAUCCAUUACCUUUUUAGUCGUUGGUUUUUGAGUUGCUGUCUUUGUAUAGUUUGCUGGCUUAUUGUGAAUUUACUAGAUCUAUAUGAAAUAUAAAAAUGUUUAUUGGCAGUCAAUCUCAACAAUAGUAAUAGUCUAGUCUGUAUGGUUGCAUGAAGAAUCCAACAAUGCUGAUUGAAGUAGUUCCAGUGGAAAGUCUUAUAGUUCAUCAACUCUUGGGAUGUUCGGAGCAUCCAGUUGGAUGGCAAGCUCAUGCUCGUUCUUUACAACUACACUCAAACCCUCUGAAGUGGCUCUUGCUGGGCAACCACCUUAUGUUUUUGCACCUCCAGAAUUGAUAAUUUCCGUCUCUUACUUUUGUAUAGAUAUAUACCCCUCCAAUUGAAGGUUCUUUCCUCCUCGGUUUGUCUUGAUGAAUUGAGCCAUCAUCAUGAUGUUGCAAAUUAGUGCAUAAAUUUAGUGGCUACUCAAUAUACCUGUCAACCUUUGGCACAAACUGGCACAUGUACUAUAUAGUAAAGAAAGGUCAAUUAACACAGCUUUAAAAAUAGUGAAUUUCUGGAUUUUAAGAUUGGAGUUGAUUUGAGUUGAUUUCAGGAGUCGAGUUGACUCCAUGAAAAG